AUGGGGGAGGUGACUCAGAUGCACUUCACCACACUGGAUUAUGUGGUUUUUGCCAUCCUGCUCGUGGUCUCCACAGGCGUUGGGCUUUUUUACGCACUCUCUGGUGGACGUCAACGAACCACACAGGAGUUCCUCUUGGCUGAUCGCAGCAUGAGUUGCUUCCCUGUGGCUCUCUCCCUCCUGACCACUUUCCAGUCUGCGGUGGCCAUUUUGGGAACGCCCUCUGAGGUUUACUACCAUGGUACACAGUACUGGUUUUUGGGAUGUUCCUACUUUUUGGGUUUGCUCAUUCCGGCUCACAUUUUCAUUCCUAUUUUUUACCGUCUGCGCCUCUCCAGUGCCUAUGAGUACUUGGAGCUACGAUUUAACAAAACAGUCCGCAUCUGUGGAACGGUGACGUUCAUUUUUCAGAUGGUCAUUUACAUGGGAGUUGUGCUGUAUGCUCCUGCACUGGCUAUCAAUGCAGUGACAGGACUUGACCUCUGGGGAGCAGUGCUAGCCACAGGACUAAUCUGCACUCUCUACACUACUCUGGGAGGACUGAAAGCGGUGAUCUGGACAGAUGUGAUUCAGGCACUCAUCAUGUUAGCCGGUCAAGUGGCUGUGAUUGUAGUGGGGACUCUACAGGCCGGUGGCAUCGCCGAGGUGUGGAGCCGAGCCCAGAAUGGGAGUCGCAUCUCCGGGCUUGAUUUGAACCCUGACCCACUAGAGAGGCACACCUUCUGGACUCUGGGAGUCGGGGGGAUUUUCCUCAUGCUGUCUCUGUACGGAGUAAACCAAGCCCAAGUGCAGCGGUACCUGAGCUCCCGAACGGAAAAGGAGGCUAUUAUGUCCUGCUAUGCAGUCUUUCCGUUCCAGCAGAUUGUUCUGGCAUUAGGCUGUCUAAUGGGUCUGGUCAUGUACGCUCGAUAUGGAGAGGACAGCCCUUUGGAUCAAGGCUUUGUGAAGACAAACGAUCAGCUGGUGGUGUACUUUGUAAUGGAUGUGCUGAGAGAUCUACCUGGACUCCCAGGACUGUUUGUCGCCUGUCUCUUCAGUGCGGCUCUUAGCACUAUAUCUUCUGCCUUUAAUUCCUUGGCAACGGUGACCAUGGAGGAUUUGAUCAAGCCCCACUUCCCUGCAAUGAAGGAGUCGAGGGCCACCCUCAUUUCUAAAGGCCUUGCGGUGGGAUUUGGAUUGGUGUGUCUGGCUAUGGCUUAUAUAGCCUCCCUGAUGGGGUCUUUGCUACAAGCUGCAUUUAGUAUUUUUGGCAUGGUGGGUGGUCCGCUUCUUGGUCUGUUCUGUCUGGGAAUGUUCUUCCCCUGCGCUAACCCUGUGGGUGCCGUAAUUGGGUUGAUAGCAGGCCUCACGAUGGCUUUCUGGAUUGGAAUUGGCAGUUUCGUUUCAAGUUUAUCUACCACAGAUCCUGGACCAAAUGUUAACAUGACCACUGCACCAACUAUGACCUUUGUGACCUCUGGAUCCAGACCCACGGGUGUCCAGGCACUUUACUCUCUAUCGUACAUGUGGUACAGUGCCCAUAACUCCGCCACAGUCGUGCUGGUUGGACUGCUGGUCAGCCUUCUCACAGGGCGAAUGAAGGGGAAGAUCAUAAAGCCUGGUACAGUGUUCCCUGUGCUUGGCAUAUUGCGAGACUGUUACAAAAAGAUAUUCAACCCAUUCACCAAUCUGGAAAAUAAGCGUUUGAGUCCUUGA